AUGGUAUUAAAUGAUCCUGAAACACGCGAUGUAGUUGGUCAUCAGGUAUCAGAGACCAGUGACGAUGAAAAACAAGGAACAGCGGACGACCGCGCUCACAUGGUGCGAUUGGGCAAGACCCAAGAGUUACGGAGAAACUUCCGAUUCAUAUCCAUAUUUGGCUUUUCCAUGAUUGUCAUGACUUCUUGGGAAACAGCAUUGAGUGUCUCUACAAUUGGUUUGCUCAACGGCGGGACGGCUGGCCUUAUCUGGAUGGCGUUUAUUUGCUGUAUAGGGUUCAUAUUUAUCAACGUCUCAAUGGCAGAGAUGGGGUCAAUGGCGCCCACUACUGGCGGACAAUAUCAUUGGGUCUCGGAAUUUGCGCCCAGGAAGUAUCAAAAAUUCCUCAGCUAUUUAACAGGAUGGCUUGCAGUUCUUGCCUGGCAGACCGGCUGUGCCUCAUCGGCGUACCUGUCAGGCACUCAGAUUCAAGGUCUGGUAAUCUUGAACUACACCAACUACGUGCCUAAGCCGUGGCAUGGCACCCUCAUCACAAUUGCGGUCGCCGUGUUUAGUGUCAUAUUCAACAUAUUCCUUGCUAGCAAGCUCCCCAUUCUUGAGACUAUCGGGCUUAUUAUUCAUUUGUUUGGAUUUUUCGGAAUAAUUGCGACACUCUGGGUCUUAUCCCCAAAGGCCGACGCAGUGUCGGUUUUUACGGAGUUCAGUGACGGCGGAGGCUGGGGAACCCUGGGCGGUAGUACCCUUAUAGGUGUUACUGCAGCUAUCAUACCACUACUCGGAGGUGAUGCGGCUGUUCACAUGGCUGAAGAACUCCGAGAUGCCGGGAAGAUUAUUCCACGGUCCAUGAUCUGGUCGACUGUCACCAAUGGCGCCUUGCAAUGGGCCAUGGUUAUAACCUACUGCUUCUGCCUCGGCGAUUUGGAAGAGAUCCUUAGCACUGCCACCGGCUAUCCCCACUUGCAAGUAUUUUACAACUCAACGCAGUCAGUGGCCGGGGCAACUGCCAUGGGGUUCUUGAUCAUUUUUAUAACCAUUUUCGCCAACCUCAGUAUUGUUGCGGCAUCUUCGAGGCAGCUCUAUGCCUUUGCGCGAGACGAUGCCGUACCCUUUAGUACUUGGUUUGCAGACGUCCGACCUGGAUGGGACGUCCCGCUGAACGCUCUCUUCAUGACAUUUAUCACCACCAGUCUACUUUCGCUCAUCAAUAUCGGUUCGCCGCUUGCAUUAAACUCAAUCACCUCCUUGUCAACUAAUGCUCUGCUCUCGAGUUACAUCUGCUCCAUAGGGUGCAUGGUUUGGAGACGCUGGACCAACAGUCGUCUGCUUCCUUCGAGUUUUAGUCUUGGAAAGUGGGGUUUACUCAUCAACAUUGUGUCAGAGGCAUUCUUAAUUGUCUUCUUUGUCUUCGCAUUUUUUCCAUCGGCGCCUGAUCCGAAUGCUGCAGGAAUGAACUGGAACAUCCUCAUGUAUGGGGCAGUGGUGUUAUUUUCGCUUGUUUACUAUGUCUUUAGUGGAAGAUACCGAUACGUCGGGCCGGUCGAGUACGUGAGGAAGCUCGAUUAA